ACAGGGCCUCCAAGUCCAGCCAGCGCCGUCGUCCUGCUGCUCCCAGAGGAGCCCGGGGCGGGGGAGCGGCUGCCGCGGCCGCGCACGAAUGACUGCCCGAGCGAGGUGGCGUCGCGUCCUGCCCUUUGGAAGGGGGCCGCGGCUGUGCCCGCAGCGCAAAGCGGCGCCUGGAAACUUUUGUUUGCGUGCGUGCAGGCUGCGAUUGGCGUGGGCCGGGGUUGGGAUGUGGGGCCCGGAGCCCCGCUGCCUCCAGUUUUCUGUCGCACCGCGAUUAUCACGGCCGGGGCCGGCGUAGGCGCCCCCUGGGAGAGCCGAGUUGACCCCGGCCGGCCAAGGAUGAUCACGAACACGCGGGGUUUCCUGUGGUCGGACCUGGAGACGCGGGCGCUACUCGAGAUCUGGGGCGAGGCGGACGUGCAGUCGGCGCUGGACGGCAACUUUAGGAACAGCCAUGUGUACCGGGACGUGGCCUGCCGCCUGGCCGAGCUGGGCUUCGAGCGCACCCCCGAGCAGUGCCGCAUCCGCAUCAAGGGCCUCAAGCGCCAGUACUACCAGGCCCGGGACGGGCUGAAGAAGAACGGGCACGCCCGCAAGAUAUGCAAAUACUACGAUGAGAUGGACCGGAUCCUCAGCUGUCGCGGGGGACCCGACGGUGCUCCCGAGCCGCUGGCCCCACCGCCCGACAGCGGCCAGCCCACGGGGCCGCUGGCCGGGCCGCCCACGCCAGGCACGCCGCACAACAGCCGCGAGGUGGACGCCGAGCUGGACGAGGACGCCGAGCUGGAGUCCCCCCGGGACAACUUCACCGAGGACUCCGGGGAGUGCUCCUCCUACGCCGACCACCCCAUCAAGGUGGAGUGCCCACCCUUCGCCAUCCCCGUACCGCCGGGCGACGGCUUUAAAGAAAUCAGUGCUCCAACUAUUACCCCACCUCUCAGUCAGCCCAAAAGAUCAAAAAAACGCCAUGCAAAUUUAACGUUGGAUAAAAUGAUGGAAAAAUUUCUGCAGCAGAGCGUGGAUACAGAAGAGAAAUUCUACAGAUACGAAGAGCAGAGGCUCAAAAUUGAGGACAAGCGUCGAGAAGCUGAGCAUGCUCGAGAAAUCCAGAUGUUACAGAUGUUGGGACAGAUGUUGGCAGGAAUUUCAUCUACAGUAUCACAAAGGUCACAAUCUAUACCAGCAAGUUCACCUCAGAGAGCGAACCAUCGUUCAUAUGGGGAUAACUUUAAUUAUAAUGCUAUGACAGCAGCACUUUCUCCACCGAUAGUUAUAGAGAGAUCUUUUUCACUGCACAGAACACAGUCUCUGAAGGAUAUGGAGAAUAUUUUUCAACUGGUGCGCAAUGUUAUCCCUCCUCUAACAGGGAAAAGACAUAAAGGUCAAGAUGGACGUAUAGGCAUUGUUGGAGGAUGUCAAGAAUACACUGGAGCACCGUAUUUUGCUGCAAUUACAGCUCUCAAAGUGGGUGCAGAUUUAUCCCAUGUGUUUUGUACCAAAGAUGCGGCAACAGUAAUCAAAUCAUAUAGUCCAGAGCUGAUUGUUCAUCCAGUUCUUGAUAGUCCCAAUGCUGUCCAUGAGGUGGAAAAAUGGUUACCUCGACUGCACUCAGUUGUCAUAGGACCUGGCUUAGGCAGAGAUGAAGUUCUGCUUGAGAAUGCUAAGGGUAUUAUAGAAAAAUCAAAAGUGAAAGGAAUUCCUAUCAUUAUUGAUGCUGAUGGACUGUGGCUCAUUUCCCAGCAGCCUUCUCUGAUUCAGGGCUACCAGAGAGCUAUUCUUACCCCAAACUACAUCGAGUUUAGCAGACUGUAUGAAGCCAUGCUUAGAGAUCCUGUAGACAGUAGUGAUCAUCAUGGAUGUGUAUUAAGACUCAGCCAAGCCAUGGGGAAUUUGACAAUUGUUCAAAAGGGAGAAAGAGAUCUUAUUUCAGAUGGAGAGAAAGUACUUGUAUGCAGUCAUGAAGGAAGCAGCCGGAGAUGUGGUGGACAGGGAGACCUCCUGUCUGGUUCUCUUGGAGUCUUAGCACACUGGGCCUUUCUUGCUGGAGCAGAAAAAACAAAUGGUCAAAAUCCCUUUCUGGUGGCUGCAUUUGGAGCUUGCUCUCUUACGAGGCAGUCUAACCACCAAGCCUUUCAAAAAUUUGGACGUUCAAUGACUGCCUCUGACAUGGUUUCAGAAGUCGGAACAGCUUUUAACAAACUCUUUGAAACCUGAAGCCAAAGCAGCAGAGAAGAAGGAAAGGAAGAACAAUGACUGCAGGAGUAAUUGCAUUUCCCGUAGAAGUGACAUAAGUAAUGCACCCUUUCAAGUGCUGUAGCAGCAUUGGUAUGAUAGGUAGAUUUUUGGGUUUUUUUUAAUUUGAAGAAUAGAAAAAUAUUAUUCAUGUAGAUAUUUUUUAAGAAUUUGGAAUACAAGAAAUGUUUUGGCUGAAAUAAGCUGUAGUUGCAGAUCUGUUAUAAUAUAAUAAAACUAAACUGAAAGUAUUCCUCUGUUCUUUUUGAUAGUUAUUGAGCAAUAACUAAAAUGUGAACAGGAAAAAAAAAUAUGCACUUGAUACUUAAAACUUCUUCCACCAGCUCAACUGAAUUUCUUGGAUUGCACCAAGCUUGUCCUGUUUUCAGUCUUAGACCCUCUGUCUAGAAUUAGCUCUUGCACUUCAUUUUUUUCUGCCAUGCUAGUAUACUAAGAAUCAAAAAGUAAGCCUCUUUGGAAAGGGAAUGCAUGAGAGUUGCUGUAGGUUUUUGAAUGUAUUUAGUUGCCUUUUCCCAUUCCCAGUCCCAGAGGCAGCAUUUGUGAUGAUGAGAGUCCCCUUCCUGCAAAGUGUUGGGUUUGGGGCUGUGUUUUCUUUUUAGAAAGGUUCCUCUACUGCAGAGUAAGGCUAUAUUGUAGGUUAUCUUAGCAUUAAACAGUAAUUACACUUACCUGAAAAAAAUGUGUUUUCUAUUCCUUUAGCUGGCCUUGACCCAUCUAGAACUCAGUAUGAUGAACUCUGUGAAAUUAUCAUCUGGAGCAGUAAGAAGCUUAGUGCUGCCUAGCUGACUUGGCUAAACAGUGAUCACGAAGAACUGAAUCAUUUUUAAAGCUCACAUUGCCUGCUGAAUGGAGCGCUCAGAUCAGUGUACAGAUGCAGAGGUAGCUAACUACUGACCAGCAGGCAAGAAUUGAAGGAACAAAAGGCAGCCAGCAGCACAUUCUUGAACCUCGCAGUGUUGUGCAGGCAGCUGUAUGCUGCAAGUCAAAGGCAGAAAUAGAAAAAUGGUGGUUGCUGUUUGAGCUCCAAGUGCAGCACUUGAGUUAGGGGCUUUUUGCUUGAUCCUGAGCAAGACGGACAGGACUUCUACUCUUGGGCCAUAACUAGAUGGCUCAUUGGCAGGGCAGAUGAGUGUUGGGUAUAAAGGGAGAAAUUUGGGUGGGGUUUUGCACAAUAUCACUGCUUAAAUUUUUGAAAACCCAGUCAAAGCUUGUGAGGCUUGAACCAAUCUGGAGAGAGGGGCAAGUUCAUGUGAAGUACAUUUAGCUGGGUAUUGCCCUUAGCUCUAUAACUGAGGCCCUGGUGUAUAUACUCAUUAAAGCCCAGGAACAAGCAUAUAAUGUGUCUAUGUAUUGCAACAGAUGUUAUAUUUAUUGCAGCCACUCUUCCAGACAUCUAGCUCUAGAUGGGAGCAUAGUAUCAAGCAUACCAGUCUGUCCUGCAAUAGCUGCCCAAGAAAGCACCUGGAAUCAGAAUGGCUGCUCCAAGUAUUUCCCCUUCAGCCCUUAUAGCUGAUAUCUCUGGAUGCACUGUGACUACUACCUCACCCCAAUGCAUUUUGGUUUUGUUUUUCUUAUUAAACCAGCUGCCUAUUUUUAAAACAGGUUUUUAAAUGUCUGCUCAUUUUGGUCUAUGAGGGUUCACAGGCUUUUUAGAUUAGAACAAAGUCUACUGAUAAGAGUUUUGGUGUUUAAUUUAAGCAGUUUUGUAAACUGCAUCUUUGGGGGAGCUAAGCUAGUGUUGUUUUUACCCCCUGCAAAACUACUUAAGAAGCCUGACUCCUUUUAAAUAAAAUCAGGAAGUUAAAACUGAUUUUAAAACAGCUACUGGAUUUCUUAUUUCUUUUAAAAACAAACAGUUUGGGUUUGUAUUUAGAACAUCAGUGGUAUUGCAAUCUAAAUGGCAUUUGUAGGCGAAGUCAAUCAAGUUAACAGAGCUCAGUACCACUUUCAACCUGCCCUGCUGGUUUUAAAAUCUACACAAGUUGUAACUCUGUUCUUCACUAAUGUAUACAAAUUGUUACAAUUUUUAAACAUUCUGGAAAUGUAGCAGUUUCUUCUGGUAGGAAAUAAAAAUAAUAGCAAAUGAA